GGAAUCUCGCAAGAAUAAAGCACACGCGACAAGGAGCGAGGAGUACACCCUCAACGAAAGUUCUGAAUUAGAUUAGCCGUAUAUUAGCACGCUUGGCCUACAGUUUCGUUCGAUUUAUUUAAAAAUUAUUAAUUUAAACGGUCCGUUUGCUGGCGUAAACAGCACUUUCAAGAGCAACUUCAAAAAACUCCGCGAGAGCGAAGUGAAAUUUCAACCAACCACCACGAGAGAGUUUCUCUGUAUGAGUGAAUCCUACAUCUCCUCCGCUAGAGGGCGCUCGCGUACAUAACGCUGUGGCAACCCGGAUCGCGGCCCUCUGGCAGGGCCAGCAACAACCUCGAGACGAGAUGGCAGCUCCAGCAACGGACUCUCGACAAGUUAGCAGCUUCAGCAACUACGACGACACGCGACCAGACAUUGUAAUCAAAUAUUAAGAAAUAAAGAGUUAUACUAAACGACAGAUAGAGCGUACAUUGGCCAAGCCGCCAAAGUGGUGACCCCUACGUUUAAAAACAACGGCAAAUGCAAAAUCAGCACUAUUUUUUGCGUUCUUUGACCAAAAGCAAACCGGCAGAAGACGACAAGUUCUACGACGCAAUAAACAUGGCGAACACGGAGUCCACACUAAACGAGUUAAGAGAGCAACUGCAGCAACUUCAACUAGUAAACGCACAGCCAACAGCUGUAAAUUCUCAAAACUUAGCUCAAAUCGUCAUCCCAAAAUUCAACAAAUCGAAUCCGACACUUUGGUUCGCACAACUAGAGCGCCUCCUUAGUUUACACAAUGUGGUGCGCGACGACAACAAGUUUGACCUGGUGUCAGUACAACUGGAGGACGAUGCAGCCCGUGCAAUCGAAGAUCUCAUUACUCGGCCACCUACUGACAACAAGUACGACGCAAUGAAGCGUCGGCUGCUCGAAACUUUCGGCGAAUCAGAGGAUUCGAAAAUGAGACGACUUCUCCGGGGUGGCGACAUGACUGGGAAGAAGCCGUUGGAGAUCUUGACUCACUUGCGUCGCUUAGCACCUGCUAGUGGGUGCGAAGCCGUAAUACGAAACCUUUUCUUCACUGAGUUACCUUCGUCGAUUCGCCCACUCAUUUCGGUUUGGGAAGAGAACGACCUGGACAAGCUGGCAAAGAUUGCCGACAAGAUGCUCGAAAACAGCGCUAUCGACUCAAUAGGUGUUAUGUCGACUCAACCCAAGCCCGCUGAGCAAAGGCAGCACAGCGUGGAGGCGGUAAGUAGCAACAAUCCAAAUUUAAAAGACGUUGUGCUGCUCUGCAUAUUCUAA